AUAUUCAUCCAGACGAAUGGAUUAACGAUAUUCAAAAAUAUUUGAGACUUAUAAAUAAAGAUUAUACGAGCGAUGAUCAUUUGGAAAUUGCUAUAUCAUUAGUAAGCACUACUAUAUCACUUCCAACUGGUAUUGAUAAUCUUGAGAAACUUCGUAAUGCACUUAGAGAAGAUAUUUUUUUUACGAUUUUUAAAAAUACCAAUAAAAGAAAAUUACAAUCAUUAAAAUAUAUUCCUGAAAGUAGAGGCGGUGAUACUUCUAAAUUUAUUUCAGAUUUUCUCAAAUUAUGUUAUAACGCUGAAAUUAAUGAUAUAGAAGAACAAAAAAAUUAUCUUUAUAAAUCACUUCCAAUGAAACAUUUCGAUUCUAUUUCAAAUGAAUUUUAUGAGAAAAUGAAAAAUGUAACUUCACUUAACGAAUUAGUUAAAGAAUUCGAAGAUUUUGUUGUUUAUGAAUCAAAUUUAAUUACAAACGAUUCUAUUGUAGCUUUAAAACAUGUUGCUACAGGAAAAUAUUUAAAUUCAGUUGAAGAUUUACAUUAUAGGACUGGAAGCGGACACCAAACGGUUUUUGUAGGAAGUCUAGAACCUGGUUUAAAUUCUUUAUGGAAAAUUAAAUUUGAUAAAGAAUUAGCUACUUACGCCAGUACUUCUAUAAAAUUACAACACGUCAAAUCAAAAAAUAAAUUUCUUGGAACAUAUUCUGGAUACAAAUCUCCGUCAAGUAAUCAUACAGAAGUGAGUUGUAAUAAUAUCAGUUACGAUAGCACUCGUGUUCAUUGGGUCGAGAAUUGGAAAUUUAAUCACAAUAAAUUUGAAAAUCAUCAAGGUUAUUUAAAGUCAAAUGAUAUUAUUCAUCUUAGCAUUAAAAAAACAACCAAUGAUAGGGGUCAUUAUACUCAACACAGUCAAGUUGAAUUCUUAUAUAGUCAUGAUGUUCGAUUUACUAUUGGUGAUGAUAAUUUUCAAGAAGUUUUUUGUCAUAAUGAAAGUUUAGGAGGAAAUGAUGAAUGGUGUAUUGAGCUUAUAAAACAAUACAUUUGGACCAUAGAUGAUUAAACUAAUUAAUUGGUUUUUCAUCAGUUGUUAUUUAUAUAUUUAUAUUAUUGUUAAAUUACUAAUACAAUAGCGUAUAUUUUUGUUUAAGAAUCAAUUACAUAUUUUUUUUGAAUCAUUCAAUAAAAAAAG